AUGUUGCCGAAGUCGUGGUUUUGGUUACCACGCUCGGUGCAAAGCGUGUGGAGUACAACGCAGGGAAGCGGGCACGGGACCUUCUUGAAAUCAAGGGCGUCCACCACAAAGUCAUCGACUUCAACCGGGAUGCGAGACAAGCGGGUACUGGAGAUGCCGAGAACAAGGCAGCGGCAUUUUGUGUGUGUGUGUGUGUGUGUGUGUGUGUAG